AAAGUUGGUAACACAAAAUAUCGAUAUUUCUACAUUCGUCUAAGAUAUAACGUAUUUCCUCUUUCCGUCGUUGCACUGCAAAGGAACCGCGUGCUACGUUUAUCCAAAAUGGUAAGUUCUCGUAAUAGUCUCGAGAAACGCAAAAAAUCAAAAGAAUCAUUGCAUCGCUUAAAUGGGAAAAGCUUAAAAUUAAAACCGAAAGGAAAAUUAGAUAAAUUAAGUAAAGAGAAAAUAAAGCAGAAAGCAGAUAAAAGUCUCGAGCCCAAAAAGAUUGUAAAUACCUUAGACACCGAGAAAGUUAUAUCUAAAAAAUCAGUUAAUAAAAAAUUAACAAACAAAAUUCAAGAGAAAGUUGAUGUAGCUAGAAGAUUAUCGCUUCGUUCAUCUCAAAAAAAAAAUAUUCAUGAAGUUGGAAAGGCACAGCUUACGAAAUUUAAAAACCACGUGGGAGGUUCUAAUAAUUUGAAAAGUAAUGAAAAAAGGAAAACAGUAAAAGCAACAAAAAAUUCCAAACCUACGAAAUUACAGUCGUUAAAACGGAAAAGAUUAGAAAGUGAUAAUAAUAAAGAAAAUAUAAAUUCUUCGAGUCUAGAAGAUUUAUCACGAGAACAUAUAGUACAAUGUAUUAGUGCUAUAUUUCAUUUAACUGAAGAACAAUUAAAAAAUAAAAAUGCAUUAUUUGAUGGGGAAAGUACACCAAUAUUUAUGCAAGUAACUUGCAUUAAAGUACCAAAAACACCAAAAAGAUGCAUGAGAAUAUUAUUGCCCCAUUCAAUAGUAUCUUCAGAUGAUGAAGUUGCGUUGUUUGUUGGUGAUCUUCAAAAGGGCAGAAGAAAAGAUUAUGAACCAACAAUAGAACAUUAUCAAGAGUUAUUACAGAAACAUAGUUGUACAAAUAUAAAGACUAUAAUACCAAUGAAUCAAGUGAAAACAGAAUAUGAUCAAUUUGAGUUAAAACGGAAACUUGUUAAUAGCUACGAUCAUUUUCUUGUAGAUGGAAAAAUAGCAGGUCAUUUAUCUCACUUAUUGGGAAAAGAAUUUUAUACAAAAAGAAAAUUGCCAACACCUAUUAGAAUGCAAAGUAAAGAUUUAAAGCAUGAAAUAGAAUUUGCAUUGAGAAAAACUCUUAUGCAAAUACAUUCUUUUGGCGAUUCUCACAUAGUCCAAGUUGGACAUACAUUAAUGAACGUAGAUGAGAUUUUGGAAAAUAUAUUAGCAGCAUGUAACUAUUUGUCCAAAAAUUACCCAGGCGGUUGGGAUAAUAUACGUUCGAUUCGUAUUAAAACAAGUAAUAGUCUUGCCCUUCCUAUUUACACAACAUUAAAAAAUAAAAACUCUGUUAAACUACCAGUAGUAGAACCUAAGAGACCAAAAGCGUACCGUGAUGUAUCAGGCGAGUUAUCUACUACACCUAGUAAUACUGUUGUGACUGUGACUCCUGAAGGAAAUAUUACUGUUGACAGAAAAAUAAAAAGAUUUAGAAAACCAACAACAGAAGAAAAUUAAUACAACUUUUUGUAUUACUGUAUUAGCUAGGAAAUAAAAUUGAAAUUACUUUUUUUAUA